AUGGCUUCGCGGCUACGCCUCAGCUGGACUCUUGCCAUUGUGUUGCUCGUCGCGGUUGUGGGAUUUCCUGCAUCAGUGAUGGGAUACGACACGUCGUUUGACCGAUACUUUCAGUUCGCGCCGUAUUGCAAAGGGCAGUACUACUGCGAGCGCAAGGGCGAUGGAACCGUCGCGAUUUCCGCCCACUGGAACAAAGUCGGAGCCUUUGCCUCGUACGGAAUGUACCAGUACGGCAUAUUCAGCGUGAAGAUGAAGAUGCCGGCCGGCUACUCCGGCGGCAUCAUUCCGUGCUUCUACCUCAUCUCGGGUGGUAGCCCGGGUUACAAGGACAUUCACGACGAGAUCGACUUCGAGAUCCUGGGCGCGGAGAACCCGCGCGAUAUGAUCAUCCACACCAACCUCAUCACGGGCGGCCAGACCAACCUCGAGCAGUUCCGCUUCCCGUUCGACCCGUCGGCGGACUUCCACACGUACACGAUCAUCUACUCGCCGCGCUUCAUCGUGUGGCGGAUCGACAACACGCCCAUCCGCGUCACCCUCAAGACCCCCGGCAGACCCUUCCCCUCCGAGCCCGUUCAAGUCAAGGCAUCCAUCUGGGACGCGUCGAGCUGGAGUCCAUUGAAGCCCGACUGGAACAAGGGCAAGGUGACGGCCGAAUUCAAGAAUUUCGACCUGAGCAUGGCAUGCGCCGUUCCGCCCACGGGCAAGCGCCCCGCAUGCGCGGAUGAGACGAACAGGCAGAAGGCGCCGUGGCUGUACAACCUUGGGCCCAGGCAGGUUCAGAAUUUCAAGAAGUUCAGGAGGAGUUAUGUGAAGGCUUCGUAUGGCUGGGAGGUGAUUCAGUAA